UUACCUUUAUAUAUACAGCUGACACUGUCAUGUAUGCAUGUACGAAAACUGAAUCUCAUAAAUGGAGCUCUCUUUGUGUUAUCAAUACCACAAUGCAGCUCUAACAGGAAGAGCAGGGAAAGCAAGCGUUCACACUGACACCUUCACCUCACACACUUCGCUUUAGACAAGGACAAGAAAACAACUUCAUCCGACUUCAUUUGUGGCAUUUUGCAAAUGAAUGACAGCGUCGGCUCUUCCGUGUGCAACUUCUGUCUCUCUCGAACUAAAGAGGUGUGUCCUUCAGCAAAGUUGAACUCAACCCCUCCCAUGAACAUCUCUUAGCCCCGCACUUGCAGGAGGUUGGAGAAGUUGUUCUUGGAGACGUCGGCUCAUCACCUGUGCUGUGUUCCUUUAUCUCUGAGUUGUGCUGCACUCGUCAUCUGCUCACCUGUGACACUCACUCAGUGUUUCCCUGUCAGCAUGGAGGAUUCGUCAGACCAGACUCACUGGGUGUCUCCAGCACUGCUCAGCUCAGAUGCUCUGGCUGGUUUCUCCUCUGAGCCCGGGCUGCUGCCUUCUGUGGAGGAGGGUGAGGUCUUCUUCUCCAGUCAGGACACGGACUACACUGGCCUCCCCUCUUUCUUCUCCAACCCAAGCCUGAGUCGAGCAUCGUCAACCUACAGACACAGCUCGGUUCGACCGGUGUUCACGUCGCCGAGCCUCCUCAGUAACCUCCAGCUGCUGGACAGUCCUGUCAGCCAUUCCCUGAGCUCACCCUACGCCUCAGCCUCAACAUGGAGCAGCAGUCCUCUCGCCAAGACCCCGCUGCACUCACACACCCCGGCUUCCCUCUACACUCCCGUCUCGUCCUCCUUCACCACCUCCAGAGAAGGAUCCUCUUCUCCCGGCAGAGAGAACAGAGAAAGCCCCGUGCUCCAAGACGCCCUAAAGGUGGAACGUCUGAGCCCUCUGGGGGGGUCGAGCAUGAGCAACAGCUUUCUGAAUCUGACUCCAGCGGCUGGGAGUAUGUACACGCCAUCACCCCACUCCCACACACACAUGUUGGGUCCCUACAGCUCGUACGUGACAGGUCCGCAGGAGUACGGCUCCGCUGCUCUGUAUUCCAGCCCCGGGACCUGGAUCAACCCUGCAUACUCUCCCAAACUCCGCAACAAGAUGAGGAUAUCCACUCCAGAGGCCAGAGAGUGCGUGAACUGCGGAGCCACAGCUACCCCUCUGUGGCGUCGUGAUGGUACAGGCCAUUACCUGUGCAAUGCCUGUGGAUUGUACCAUAAAAUGAACGGCCAAAAUAGACCUCUAAUCCAGCCCAAGAAAAGAAUGAUUGUUAGCAAGAGAGCAGGUACGAUGUGUGCCAACUGUCACACGAGCACGACAACUCUCUGGAGACGCAACGCCAACGGAGAGCCUGUGUGUAACGCCUGUGGACUUUACUUUAAACUGCACAACGUCAAUCGACCCCUCACCAUGAAGAAGGACGGCAUUCAAACUCGCAACAGGAAAGUCUCUAACAAGAACAAGAAGAGCAAGAAGGUGGCUAUGUUAGAGCAGUACUCUGAGGUGGCUCAGCCAUCUUCUCUUGAUGACAACGGUGGGCCCUUCUCCUUCGGCCCCGGGACUCUCCUGACUUACAGCCACUCACCACACCUCCACCCUGCUCCCUCCCCUCUGCACUCGUCUGCCUCCUUACCCUACACACACCACCUCAACCCCGGCAUGGUGCCCACACUCGUGUGAGCGGCUCGGGGACAGUCCGCUGUGUGAUCUGUGUGGAUUUGUAUAUAGAGUAUGUUUGCAGG